ACUUUCUAAGCAUGCACAGAGUCACCAUACUGAAGUUUCAACCUUUAUAAAAAGCCUUCACUGCUAAAGAUGAGAUGUAGCCCCUUGGCCAUACACCAAACCUUAUUUUGUAGGACUAAUUGCUCUUUAGGUGAGACGACAUUCUUGACUUGAUUCAAAUAAGUAAAAGUGAGUACAUUAACUACAUUAUGUACUUGUUUACACAUGGGAUACUUGAAUGGCAAACAUUUGAUUUUUUACUCCACUACUUUUAUCUGACUGGUAUCAUUUUGUUAUGUUAAUUAGUUGCAUGGGAGAUGUAGGACCCACCAUUCUUACAGCUUGAUCCACGCUGGGACGAAUGGUCAGGAUAUCUCGGCACCUAUAACUUCUGUUGGAUCUGUCUCUUGGUCAGCUACUCGUUUGAAGUUUGAGGAGUUUUGGAGACUCAUCUUAUCCCUCACAGCCACCAUGGUUCACAGCAGCAGUAUCUGUAGAUUCCUCCUCCUGGUGCUCCUCGGCCUCUUGGUAGCAUUUGUACACACAGAGACAGUCGCAGACUCAACAACCAGAGACAACCAGGACACCAUGUCUGGAGAACCACCCAGUGACGUCACGACCAAAGACCCUUUCCAGGACAUGACGGAGCAGUCCUUCACAUUCGACUACGAGGACACCACACACUCUCAGACUCUGGACGAGGAGGAGGGGGUGCUGGGGCCAGGGGCCAUCACAGCCAUUGUUAUAGCGGUCUUCCUGGGAGCGUCUGUCCUCCUCGCCCUCAUCGUCAUCACACUCAGAAAGUUCACCGCCUCCUAGAGUGAAUACAUCCCCAUCUUGUAUGCAUGUGUGUGUGUUUGUAGGUUCUCUUUUGCCUCUCAUCUCAAUCUUUCAACUCUUUUUUGCAAAGAUGAGUUGUUUCUUUUGCUUCGCUGUAGAUGCUGAAAAUUGUGGCAGGUCCCUUGACUGACUUUUUACAGAUUUCUUCCUGUAAACACACUCUUCUUGUUGCUCAACAUGUCCACUUAUUACUGAAGGUAUAAUGUUAGAAACUGGCUGGCUCUUCCAGUGGAAAUCAUAGCAGGUCCAUGUCAUUCACUUUGUUUUUUUCUUGAUCUUGCAUGUUCUAAAGGGGUUUUUAAUGUUUGCGGGCUGUUUGUUUCCUGAUGUGAAGUAUCCUGCAUGUGUGUUUGUUUUUAUUUGUCCAUGAAGUGUGUUUGUUUUUAUUUGUCCAUGAAGUGUGUGUGCUUUUGUCAGUCUGUGUCUUACUUUUAUUCCUUCAAUAAGAAAGAUACACAUUUUUUUAUUAGUCUUUCACAAUGAUUUUGCCAAAAUCAUGUCUCAAAUAUUCCAUUGGUGUCACCCGUGUACACGUUUGUAUUGCACCAUUUACAAACAUUUGUAGAGUCAAAAUAAGAAGAAAACAUUUUAGAAAGGCUUCUUCGAUGAAUGUAAACAGGGUAGUUGGGUUGUUGGUUUUUACCUGCAGACCAAAUAUUAAGUUAGAACGUGGAUGAAUUUGUGUUUGCACUCAAGUGAGUGUUUGUAGUUUUUUGUCGUUGUUUUAUUUGCAGAGGGGUGGAAAUUAUUUUAGUAACAUUAUUUUAUCGUUUUCUGUAAACCUCAGAGUCCACAGCCUUACAGCUGGAUGUUGCUAUGGUAAUGUCACUGCCCAAUUACUUUGCAAGAUUUUAAUUGAAUAAAUAAAUAAAUCAGA